UUCGAAAGUCAGUCGACAGGUUUUGAACUUGCUGGGACAUCUGGAUAGCAAACGUAAGGAAAUCAAAAUUACCAUCGUUUUCCGACGUGUUGCUUUGCAAAGUUUUACGCGAAGCUACUCAGAGUUCUGUCCAGAACAUUCUGUAAGUUAAACUUGUGUUUGUCAUGACACAACCAUGGCAAGCGCCAACGAUGACAUACCGUGCUGUAUCGGGGACAGACUGGAGUACGGUUCCAUGGGCAGGGCAGUGAAGGUGGGCGGGGUCGACAUGUACGUAGCCACGCCCAAAACUCCCACCAAGAAGGGAGUGGUGUUUUUUUCGGACGUCUUCGGCUGGGAGCUACCCAACACUCGCUACAUAGUGGACAUGAUAGCUAAUAAUGGAUAUGUGGCCACUCUUCCAGAUGUAUUUGAAGGUGAGCCAUGGCCAGCUGACAAAGACCGGAGCACCUUCCCUGAAUGGAGAAAGAGAAAGGACCCAAACAAAAUUAAUACUGUGAUUGAUGCAGCAGUAGGUUACCUCCAGCAGGAGUUUGGUGUAGAACAGCUGGGGUGUGUGGGGUUCUGCUGGGGAGGGCGAGCUGCACACGUCUGCCUGGUGGACCGGACGGACUUCAAGUGUGGCGUGGCCUGCUACGGUAUUAGGGAUAAGGACGAUGAGAAACUUGGACUACUGAAUGCACCCGGGCUCUUCAUCUUUGCAGAAAACGACCCUUGGUAUCCUUUGGAUCAGGUGGAAGCACUUAAGACAGAGCUGAAGAAGUCCUGCAAGGUGGAUCACCACGUGACGGUGUAUGAAGGAAUGGAACACGGUUUUGUACAUCGUAAGAAGGAAAAAGAUGACAAAGACGCAGCAGCCAUCAACGGAGCACGUCUGGAGAUGCUUAAGUGGCUAGAAAAGUACAUAUAACAAGGAUCAAGUCAAUUAAAGGAGGCUGCCAUCUUAUUUUAACGCACAAUGUGUCAACAAUGCUUCCGUAUAUUAUGCCUUUAUCAUGACGGUCAUUUACCUGUGAAUAAAUUUUGCUUAAUUUGCUUAUUAUGUUAGAAGUUCAUUUGCAAUUCAUGCCCGAAGUCUAAAUUGUAGCAUACAAUGUGUACAACAUACAUAAAGAGAAACAAUAGACUAUUCUAUUCAAAAUGCAACCUAAACUUUUUGAGUUUGACUCCUUUUUUGGAAGCUGUGGAAGACGAAGUGUCCCACUUAUUCUACAUGAGUGGGUUUUGGGAGGAUGAUAACAGGGUUGUAGUUUUAUUAAUUUCUUAAAUCACAAUUCUAUGUCAUUUGCUUCAUAUGGGUUGAAGGUAAGUCCUUCACAAUCAAAGAGAACUGUCAGUGUCCUCAUUCACAGGGAGAUGUGACCUCAUAGCUUCUGAGUCAAUAACUUGACGUUGAUACAAGAGUAACAAUGUGC